AUGGCUGAUGAGUCUGCGAGCAAUCCUUACUUCUUGCCAACGACAGAGAAUCCUGGAAUCAUCCUCACAUCACAGCCAUUAACUGGACCUGAGAACUACAUGAGUUGGGCAAGGUCAGUGUUCUUGGCUUUGAGUGCUAGAAACAAGUUUGGCUUUGUGAAUGAUUCAAUUCCAGAGCCAAAUCCAUUUUCUCCAUUGUUCAACACUUGGAGCAGAUGUAACACCACAGUUCUCUCAUGGCUGACCAAUUCUUUGAGUUUGGAGCUCAAGGCAAAUGUCAUGUAUAUCAACACUGCCAAGGAUUUAUGGAAUGAUCUCAGGGAUAGGCUUUCACAAGGAAAUACUCCGAGAUUGUUUGAGCUUCAGAAGGAGAUCUCUCAUCUUUCACAGGGAUCGCUCUUGGUGAGUUCCUAUUUUACCAAAUUCAAGACACUUAAGGAUGAAUUCAUCAAUUAUCAGCUUUUUACUGCAUGUACCUGUGCUUGUACAUAUGGAUCUAAGUCCUCUCAAUUGGAUGCUCAGCAUAAAGAACAUGUUUUUCGAUUUUUGAUGGGAUUGAAUGACAGUUAUGGGAACAUUAUUGGUAUAAUUAUGUUAAUUGAACCUUUUCCCUUUGUUAGCAAAGUUUGUUGUUUGAUUUUGCAAGAAGAGAAGAGAAGAAGCAUAGGUCAUGGUGGUAAUAUGGUUUAUCCUAUUGAGGCUACUGUCAUGUAUGCCAAUAAUAACCAAAAUUUUCAAGGAAAUUUUCAAGGUCAUAACCAAGGCUUUCAUGGUGGAAAGAAAGGAAAUUCUAAGAAGGAAAGGCCAACUUGUACCUAUUGUGGACUUGUUGGUCACAUAGCUGACUGUUAG